AUGAAGCAUAAGAAAAUUUCAUCGAUAAUUAUUAAAAGUUGUGUUAAUAAAAUGACUGUGAUAUUAAUUUUACUGGCUCUUUCAUCGUCAAUAACAAAUGUUAAGGCGUUAGACAAUGGACUAGCUGUUACUCCUCCCAUGGGUUGGCUCAGCUGGGAAAGAUUUCGCUGUAACACAGAUUGUGAAAAUGAUCCUGACAAUUGUAUAAGUGAAAAUUUGUUCCGCACAAUGUCUGACUUGGUGGUGUCUGAAGGAUAUGCAGCAGCUGGAUAUGAAUAUAUCAACGUUGAUGACUGCUGGUUAGAAAAAAAUCGUGGAGCUCGUGGUGAACUUGUCGCUGAUCGAAAAAGAUUCCCAAGUGGCAUGAGGGCACUAUCUGAUUAUGUUCAUGGAAAAGGCCUCAAGUUUGGUAUUUAUGAAGAUUAUGGAAACUAUACGUGUGCUGGAUAUCCUGGUAUUCUCGGAUAUUCUAAACAAGACGCUGACCAAUUUGCAUCAUGGGAUGUCGAUUAUGUGAAACUCGAUGGAUGCUAUUCAUUGCCAACUGAUAUGGAUGUUGGUUAUCCGGAAUUCGGUCGUCAUUUGAAUAAAACAGGUCGAGCAAUGAUUUACAGUUGCAGCUGGCCAGUAUACCAAAUUUAUGCAGGAAUUAGCCCGAAUUUCUCAUCAAUUAUUGAGCAUUGCAAUUUGUGGAGAAACUUUGAUGAUAUUCAAGAUUCAUGGGCAUCGCUCGAAAGUAUCAUUGACUACUAUGGAAACAACCAAGAUUAUAUUAUUCCAAAUGCCGGACCAGGACAUUGGAACGAUCCCGACAUGUUAAUCAUUGGUAACUUUGGAUUAAGCUACGAGCAAUCAAAAACACAAAUGGCUUUAUGGGCUAUACUUGCUGCACCUCUUCUCAUGUCUGUCGAUUUACGCACAAUACGCCCAGAAUAUAAAGCAAUUUUACAAAAUCGCAAAAUCAUAGCCGUUGAUCAGGAUCCAUUAGGCAUUCAAGGUCGUAGAAUUUACAAGCAUAAAGGUAUCGAAAUCUGGUCACGACCCAUCACUCCAAUUUAUCAAACAUAUUACUCGUAUGCUAUUGCAUUCGUUAACAGACGUACUGAUGGAACUCCAUCAGAUGUAGCAGUCACUCUACGUGAAUUGGGUCUCCAAUCACCAACUGGAUACCGUGUCGAGGAUUUAUAUGAAGAUGUAGACUAUGGCAUUUUGUCAUCAAAUACAAAGAUUAAGGUCAAAGUAAAUCCAUCAGGAGUUGUUAUUUUACGUGCUGACGUUCAGCCAGAGAGAUUCUCAAAACGCCCCCUCAAUCCAUACUACUAUCGAUAUUCACAGAACUAA